AUGGGUCAUGGGGUUGGGGUUGGGCCCUCAUGGGGGCUCAUCCUGAACGGCAGCAAGGGCGGCUUCCAGCCGCGCCUCCGUGCCCCCGCCGACUUUGCUAUCAAGCUGCCCGAGGGGCUUGAUUCCGUAGACGCCGCCCCUCUGAUGUGCGCCGGCAUCACGGUCUAUAGUCCCCUGCGUGCCCACAUAACCCGUCCAGGCAUGAAAGUCGGCGUAAUCGGCAUUGGCGGUCUGGGCCACCUCGCCCUGCAGAUCGCCCGAGCCAUGGGGGCACACGUGACUGCCUUCUCCCCCUCCUCUCUCGAUCCCCAGGCAUCACGUCCCCUGCGUGCCCACAUAACCCGUCCAGGCAUGAAAGUCGGAGUCAUUGACAUCAGCGGUCUGGGCCACCUCGCCCUGCAGAUCGCCCGAGCCAUGGGAGCACACAUGACUGCCUUCUCCACCUCGCCCAGCAAGGAGGCCGAGGCCAAGAGCAUGGGCGCACAGCAGUUUGUGGUGUAUGAUCCGAACGCUGCCCCUAGAAAGGGGCAUCCGGAGCUGCCCAAGUUUGCUCACGUGGACGUUUUGGUCAAUUGUGCACCGGUUUUGCCUCCUCAAGGCGACUACACGAACUUCAUGAGCCUUCUCAACCCAGAUGGCACCUUAGUGCUUGCUGGAAUUCCGCCUGAUGCUGACGGGCAGGUUGGCCUUUUGGAUUUGAUUUUCGGGCAGAAGAAACUUGCGGGGUCGGUGGUGGGUGGGCGGAUGCUGCUGAAAGAAAUGUUUGACUUCUGCGCUGCUAACAGCAUCAAGCCCGUGACUGUGACGCGCCUGCUGUCGCAGCUCAAUGAGGCGAUGGAUGAAGUGGCGGCCAACAAGGUCCGCUACCGUGUUGUGCUACUGACCGAUGCUGAGUAG